CGGAGGGGCAUCAGGCCCGAUUCUUUGCAACGUGCCUUGUGAACGAUAUCACGCUAAGUAUGCUUGAAGUUGGCCGUCCGAUAGAUCCCGCCAACAACAGGAACGACUUGAAUUCAUUGGUCUCGAUCGACUCGGAUUGGACGAGGCAGCUCAUCGAUAUCUGGUUCCCCAUUCAUCCGUUCUCCGUCCUUGUCUCCAAGACACUCUUGUUGAAGAGUAUUAAGGACGUCUAUGACCAGGCCUUAGUGGCCAUUCUCCUUUCCGACGCAAAGGCUACUUUGGCUUCUUGGUGCCGGGGCUAGUGGAAAGGCAGAAUAAAGGAGUAAUAAG